AUGCCUGCGACCCCAAUUCUGGAUGACCGCCGACAGGACUCUCCUGAAGAAUACGACAGCAAGCCUCUGUGUCCCUCCGUACAGCAGGGCAACCAGUCCGUCAGUCUGGUCGUAGCAGAGAUGCAAGUGAAAGGAGCGCAGCUGCAGGACACACAGCUGAGCGGUCGUGUCUUAGACUCCACCCCUCUGGGAACAUCUCACGCCCUCCAAGGCAUGAAGGCCUAUCUCCCCUCACCACACUCCCUGCCGGUGGUUGGCGCCUGUGGUUCGGUCGGGCCACUUCCGGAGGGUGGGGGGCCCUCAGGCCUCUGGGCCUGGAGCUUGGUCCGCUCUGGCCCAGAGCCCACGGGCAUGUCACUGCAGCCCCCUCUGGCUUUUGCUCCAUGGCUGCCGGGCCCUGGGGAGGAUGUGGGAGCAAAGGUGUCAUUGGUGGAGGAUACUGGGCCCUGUUCUACACUGUCUACUCAGCCCACUUUUCAAAACAUCCAGGCAGCAUAUGAAGAUGGAGAGGAGGACGUUGCCAGGGAGCUGAUCCAACAAGCGUGCUGUGUGGUGUGCAGUGCUGGGACACCCCGCAUUGAUGGGGUACGUCUCCUGUGUGUGGCCACUCAGUAUGGUGAUCUACAGAGUGUGUGUUACCUCCUCAAAGAGGCCUGCAUCCCUGUGCCUCUGGAGCCAUCUAACAGCAACCCGGCUGUUUUGGCAGCGCACUACGGCCACACCGACCUGGUCAAGGAGCUACUGGACUCUGUACCUGGUCCAUGCCUGAGGAAGGAUUUGCUCAACUCGAUGCUGGCCGCAUCUUGCCGGGAGGGUCACCUUGAUGUGGUUCGUCUGCUGGUCCAGAGCUACGAUGCUGACGCCAAGGACUGUGCAAUCCAUAGCGAUGAAUUUGCUGUCAUCACUGGCCUGCCACUGUAUGCUGCUUCACAAGCAAAUAAUGAGGAGAUAGCUCUCUUCCUGCUGCAAAACGGAGCAGGCUUCUCUUCAUACACCCUGAUGGACCAUCCAGCCUUCAGCAGACGCAUCCUCAGACUGAAGCUGCAGGAAACAUGCGAGGCAGAAGGAGACCAGGUCUGUGCUGCUGAUCCAUUCCUCUGCUUUAGUUUACAACAGGUGAAUCUCUGUGAGAACCAGCUGAGCAGUUUGCCACCUGGACUUCUGCAUCUCAAUCGCAUCCAGAAACUCUCUGCUGCCAAGAACCAGCUCACAGCUCUGUUUGACCUCCCUCAAACCACUAACUGGAUCGGUCUUCGUAAGCUGGAGGAGCUGGAUGUGUCUGAUAACUGCCUGACCAGUCUGCCCACAGCUGUCAUGCACUGUUUGAAGUCCCUGAGGCUCCUCAGUGUGAGCAGGAACAAGCUGAGCACCUUCCCUGACCCCUGGGCCUGCCCACUGAAGCAAUGCAAAGCUUCUUCCAAUUUGAUUGAGAAUCUUCCAAACACCAUCUCCAUCUUUUGGAGGAAUCAUCUGGAAGAAGUAGACUUCUCUGACAACAGUCUGAAGGAACUUCCUUCGUAUAUCUUUGAACUGGAGGGAGAAGCGGAAGCGAAUGGAUGGAUGGAUACUGUAUGCCCUCACCGGCCACUUUGUUACGGAUACUUCGCUGCUUCCAGAACAGAGGACAGUCCCAAAUCCAGGAGACUGGCCUUCCUGACGACGUGGAACAGGAGGGACCCAGACCCAGUGUGUGCAUUAGAGUUCCCUGAUGUUCUGCGUGAUUCACUGGAAGUGCUCUGCUUGAAUGACAACCAGCUGGAAUGUGUUCCCCAAUCAGUCUGUGGUCUGCACAAUCUCACUGAACUCUACCUCUCAAAUAAUCCUGGAAUCCGGGAGCUUCCGACAGAGCUUGGUCAGCUCUCCAGUCUGUGGCAGCUGGACAUCGAAGACCUCAACAUUACUAAUGUUCCACAGGAAAUAAGAAAAGAAGGUGCUGCAUCGGUCCUGGCUUUCCUCCGGGCGCAGCUUCGAAAAGCAGAGCGUUGUAAACUGUUAAAGAUGCUGGUGAUUGGUCCGCCACGGCAGGGCAAGUCAGUCCUCCUCGAGGCUCUGCAGACUGGCAAAGCCUCCCCCUUCACCCCAGCUGAAUGUAGCAUCUCCACCUCCAUCUGGGAGCUGGAUAAACCCAGUGGAGGCAAGAACAAAAAAGACUCUGUGAUUUUCAAUGUGUGGGACAUUGGUGGUCAGGCCAGCAUGUCCACCGUGAACCAGUGUUUCUUCACUGAUAAGGCUUUGUAUGUGGUCAUCUGGAACCUUGCAAUGGGAGAGGAAGCUGUGGCCAACCUGCAGACGUGGCUGCUCAACAUAGAGGCACGAGCCCCUAACUCUGCAGUGAUUGUAGUGGGAACACAUCUGGAUCUUAUUGAUACCAAGUUUCGUACGGAGAGACUGGCGACACUGAGGGCUUACGUGUUGGCUCUGUGUCGAUCGCCAUCAGGCACUCGAGCUGCUGGUUACCCUGAUAUCACCUACAAACACUUGCAUGAAGUAUCCUGUAAAACUCUGGAGGGAUUUGAUGGUCUAAAGAUGCUGAUCUACCAGGUGGUUCUCUCCAUGAAAGAUAACAGCAGCUUAGCCUGUGGUGGCAAACUGCUCGGCAGACUGAUUCCCAGAAGCUACCUGGCACUCCAGGAAAUAGUCAUAGCCGAGAAGGAGAGGCGACAUUCUGAAGGAGAGGUCCAGUACCUAACUGAUGCACAGCUAAAUGACAUCAUUGAACAAAACCCAGGAAGUGACAUCAGAGAUUACGAAGACCUGCAGACUGGUAUUAUGACAGCAUUUGAAAUGUGGAAAUCAUUUAUGAAAAUUCAUUUAUUUGGGACAUUUUCCAUCUAUCUGCUGCCCCAUCUACUUCCCCCUAAGCCAGCCCUGGACAUUCAUGGCUUCCGCCAGCAGACCCACAACACCCUCCAACGCCUUUUCAAGAUGAGCUUCGUUCCUGCUGGAUUUUGGGAGCGUUUCAUUGCCAGGAUGCUUAUAAGCCUCCAAGAAAUGGACAUGCAGUCGUUUGAAAGCAAAAUAAAAAGCAGCAGGAGCCGGCACAGCAGGAGUUCUGUGAUCUACAGCUUUACCGGAUCACAACAGAGGAGUCGCUGCAGCACCUUCAGAGUCCGACGCAGCCAGACUAUCUACUGGAAGGAAGGACUUCUCGUCACCUUCGAUGGAGGUUACCUCAGUGUGGAGUCAUCAGAUGUUAACUGGAAGAGGAAGAAGAGUGGAGGCAUAAAGAUUAUCUGUCAGUCAGAGACCAGGGAUUUCUCUGCUAUGGCAUUCAUCACAGACCAUGUCAACUCUCUGAUAGAGCAGUGGUUCCCAGCUUUGACUGGCAGUGAAAGUGAUGGGAGUCUUCUUGUAGAGCAGUAUGCCCCUUGUUCUCUCUGUGCCUCCCUGGGCCAAAAGAAUCAGGUUGAGUUCCCAGCCAAUGAACACAGCAAGGAUGGAGAUGGUGUAAAAUGUGAAGAUGGACCAAGGCUCUUUUUGCAGAAGUCCCAGCUGGAGUAUUCUGAGGAGGAAAGUGACAUCCUUGGCCAGGGUGGCAGUGGGACCAUCAUCUAUCGAGCCCGAUAUAGUAACCAGCCAGUAGCUAUCAAACGCUUCCACUUCAAGAAGUGUCAACAGCAGGCGAUCAGCGAGACAGACACCAUGGUGAAACACCUCCAGUCUGCAAAUGCCUAUCGGAGUUUUGCUGAGUUUCGCCAGGAAUCCAGCACAUUGCACUCUCUCCAGCAUCCCUGCAUUGUCUCGCUAGUGGGCAUCAGCAUUCAUCCACUCUGCUUCGCCCUACAGUUAGCCCCCUUGGGUAGCCUCAACACAGUGUUGGAGGAAAAGCACAAAGGCAAAAGCUUCAAGUACAUGCCGCUUGGACACAUGCUAACCUUCAAAGUAGCCUAUCAGAUUGCAGCAGGACUGGGAUACCUUCACAGAAAGAGCAUCAUCUUCUGUGACCUCAAAUCUGAUAACAUUCUGGUGUGGUCUCUGGAGAUAACGUUUUUUGCACAUUUUAAUAAAAGUCAUUGUUCUAUGAAUGACUUUGAGCUGCCUGUCUCUGCAUUUGUGCUGCAGAGACCAGCAGCAAUGCAUUGUGUGAGGCAGAUGAAGGAGCCGAGCUUCGCCUGCCUUAGGUAUAUGUUGCCCUGUGACGUCAACGCUCAGCUCUUCCUGUCCCAGCUCCAAGGAUAUAGUGCUGUGUUCUGGAAUGAAGAUAAGGAGGACAGGUUUGUGUUUUAUUUUAACUUGCUGAAUUCUUUAAUGUUUCUGUGGCAGGAACAGGAAGUGUUCAUCUACAGUCUGAAGGACAUGUGUCCACUCAGUCAACCCCAGAAGCAGUUCUCCUGUCCCGCCAUCAUCACUUGUUUGUUUCCUGUUUCAGCGAGAGAGCAGAGCCUGGACAAAGUGUUUGCAGGGAUGUCAGACGGUCUGUUGGCGGUGUAUAACGUAGUGGAGGACCUUCCACUAGAAGGAGAAACAUACAUCUGCUCCCACACCCUGAAUAAGACGGUGUUUGGUCUGAAGGAUUCAGAUCCCAGGCAGAGACCUUAUCCCAUCAGGACCAUGGCUCUGGUUGGCAGUGGAUCCCAGUUAUGGUUCUCCAAUGGCCCGGGCCUGCUAGUUAUAGACUGUCUGAGUCUUCAGGCAGUUUACAGGCUGGAGACCUAUAGCCCACCAUCUACCGUCAUAUCUUUGGAAACCAGCUUUAGUCUAUGGGGAGAAGAAGCAGUCUGGACUUUGGAUGACUACACGAACACCCUCUUGCUCUACCAUGCUGCCUCCUACGAGCUCUGUGCCAAGUACUGCUGCGGGGAUAGCAGUCCUCUACGGAGCGUCUUUACUGUGCAGCGUCCCACAGGGCUGACACCAAUGACUGAUCUCAAAUCCACACACCAAAAAGAGAAGCCAGAGUGGUCCAAUGAAAAAGUGACAUUGAUCUUCGAUGAGCAGGCAGGUACUCAGAUGAUCCAGCACCAGGAUUCACUCACAGACUACUGCUCUAUAUCAUCUGCUUGCUCCUUGGAGCCAGUAGAGUUAGACUCUUCAAGCAGCAUAGACCACAGCUCAUUUGGCAGCUGCAGUGGUGUCUUACAGCCUGCAGACCUGGAGGAGAUAGGGAGGAACCACAAACGCCCGUCAUCCUCCAAAGGUUAUGGUCUGGAAUCUGCAGAAACUGUUAACCCUGCCGCACCUCAUCUUCAAGCUUUCACAGUGCUGCACGUGAAUGGAACUCUGUGGAUCCCCAGAAUCCUGAGGGAAGCAGCGCUCGUGGCAAAGGACACAGUCGUGUGUGGUUUUCAGAAGGAAAACAUGGAGUGGUGCCUGUGUGUCUGGAGGGCCUGGGGCUCGGAGCUGGAAGUCUUCUACCAGUGCUAUGAGAAGCUGGGCCACUUGGAGACCAACAUGAGGAAAAGAAAGUAGUCGUUUUGUUGCAACAGCAAGGUGCAUAAUCCGAUCUCUGUAUGGCAGCUGAGCCAAGGGGAAUGCACCCUGACAGGCUGCCAGUGUUCAGAGCAGGGGGCUGCAGAACACUGACAUUAGGGCAACCUGCGAGGCAAACCGGGUCUCCAAUGAGGGAUGAUCUCGAAGCUGGACACCACUGAAUACUUCAGUACAAUCAUGACUUUAAACCAGAAAAUAUAAAAACCAUGAAGCUGAAUCACAGAGUAAACUUUGGUUAAUGGUUGUGAUUCAGUUCAAGAUGUGGUUGAGUGUGUGGUGAGGUGUACUGACUUUACCCCAUCACUGUUUCUUAGCCUGUUUAAGUCUUCCUAAAGGUCAGUAUACCGUUCUGGAGGUGACACAGUGCUGGGAGAUUCUGAAACAACAGACAUUGAUUAUUUAAAUUAAGUGAUUUAAGAUGCUGUUGUUCCAACUCUGUGUUGCUGUGUUCUCGGAGCAGACAGUCGUAAAUGUGUUGCUGGCUGUUAUAGGGACGAAGUUUAAGUCUAUAUUUGCUAAAUUUCUUUAGUUUUGUUUUAAACAGUGCAUGUAAAUCUGGAUGCAAGCUGCAGCUCAAACUGUAAACAGCAAACUAACAUCUGCGUUUUGUGCAACAUUAUUGUGUAACAGUUCAAUUAUUCUCAGUCUUCACCAUGAAAAUGUUUUAUCAGAUUCUUACACAUGAAAACGUUUUGUGUGAAUGAAGCUCUGUGGUCCUUGCUGCUUCUCUUCUAUUGUGAUCUGUAAAACACCAGAAAGGAUUAAGCAUGUUCAACAGUUGACCUCCUAAUAACUAGUAGCUUUUGUUGUUGCUGGCCUUCACGGGGUUCAAAUUACCCUCAGUUGCACAAGGGACUCACAGGACCCACUUUCUUUCCCAGGAUGUCAAAUACUGUUGUUAAGAUCAGCACAAGGUGUAGUCUAGCAAUGGUCAUGGCAACAUUGGAGGUAAAGAGCAAAUGUUCCAGUGUGAAAGUCCUCGUAUUCAUGUACCAUUUGGGAGCGUGGUGUUUUGUAAUUAUUUUAAUUUUGUGUGUUCACUCAUAGGUUCAGCAAAGUAUUUGUUUUGAUUAAAAUAUGUUCACUGUAAACGUUUUACUUGCACAAAGAUUACCACUGCACUUAUAUGUAAUGUUCUGGGGUCAUGUUUUAAUAAUGUUUCUUAUGUUGUGUGGCAGCCUCACAUUAUGCAGACAACAGAUGCUUGUUGUGCUUUUUUUAAAAUUGCUUUAAUACAAAAAAUGUUUUUAUCUCAUCAGAAUGUAAUUGUUAUCUUAUCAGCUGUACAUAAUUCAUUCUUUUUUCAUUUUAUUGUCAACAAAUAAAUAACAGAAUAAUUAGUUA